UUUGCUAAAAUAACAUUUUUGUAUUAGACUGGCUUCUGAACCAGCUACUUUCCGUCUUUCUGAUUGGUUCUAAUAUACAUCACUCGAGGACAAAGACUGCUUUCUGACUUCUGUUGGCCGGCCUUACCGAACAAGAUCCUUUCACUAGAAUGCAGUUGGUUGAGAGACGUUUAUAGCUUUCCUUCAUUGGUUAGAUUUUCUGGAGGGAUUUCUUCCAUGUGAAAGCUUCCCUCUGAUUGGUUUCUUGGUCGGUGUGCCAGUGGAACUUUUGAUCAUGAACCGACAUUUGUGAAAUGGUUAAACUUGGGCGCCGUCCUGCGUCGUGUUUACGUUAAAGAUGUCUGUACACAAUUAUAUUAUAACAAAACGUCAUAUUUUUCUUAGCAAAUAAUUGGGGCGGUGCGAGAAAGACAUAUAGGGGGAGAGUGAGGAUGUUGAUCUAGUUCCCUGACUUGCUCCCCUAAAUAGUCUGUCCAAUGGAGGGAGCUGCCAAGGUUCCCCCAACCCCUUUCUGUAAUCCCCCUCACAGCGAACCUCCACCCCACCUUCUCCCUCUUUCCUCCAUCACCCCCAGCUGUGAAGAUGGCAAAAAGCCUGGUGACAGGAGGAGGAGUGGGCGCAUUCAGAAGACACCGAAGAAGCAGGAGCCCAAAGACACAGUGGUGGAGUCCAGACAAAAUACAUCCCCUGCCAAGAGGGAGAGCAGUGUGAUGCAAGUGUCUCAGUCCCUGUCGGUAAAGCUAAUGAGAGUUGAUCCCCCCCGCAAACAACCGCUAAAAAAGAGCGGUUUGGAUCUCAAUGUUGCAUCAGAAUGUCAAAUGUCUAAGAACAAAGACACAAAAGGCUCAAAUAACAAAGCAAUUCCAUCCUCUUCCACAUUAACUUUUGAUGUAAAUACUACUGACAAGACUGAACAUGAUUUCAACCAAUCAGGCAUGGAGGCGGAUGAAGAGGUUGGCUGUGGAAAGUCCACUGGAAGCCCGACCUCUGUCAAACGAUGGGUGAUUGGCCCAUUGUUUCAGUCAUUUAAAACCAAGAUGGCCAGUUUCACACAGAUUGUCAUGAGUCCCGUCCGACUUUUCAAACCCAAUAGCUCCCCACCUGAACCAGAUGUAGACGUCUCCUCUGCCUCUCAUAGUUCUCACCAACAAGGACCUGGGUAUGAGCUAACCUCUGGCACAGUGCAACACUUGGAAGCUGGAGGAGGAGGAAAUGACCCUGCCUCUCGUAAACACUUAAAGUUCAGCAUGGAUCUAAAAACCCACGGCACUCCAGAAGAGGAUGAGUUUUCUCUUGAGGGGAAACAAAAUAUGAUGCCACCUGGAGAUGCGCAAAGGGACACCUGUAUGUUAAACAGCUCAGAAAAUGAGACCAAUAAUAAUGAUUCAUUACCUUGUAUGCAGCGUAGUCCUCUACUCAGAAGCAGUAUCAAGUGUGGUUCUGAAUCAACGGAGUCCCAGUUCAACUCAUGCUCUUCCACGUCCUUUCAACCCCCUGACCCCUCAAGUUCCUCAUGUGGGUCCAAACUGUCUCUCAUUGUUCAAAUGAAGGAGCAGGUGGAUUUGACAGGGGCUCACCGGAGACCAUUACACCGAAAAUUUGUUUUUCUAAAUGAAGCCGCAACACAGAGCAGUCCCUCUGCUGCAAUUAACGCGUCUGAAGCCGACCGCAUCUCUAGUUUUCCAGCUGAAGUAGGAAUCUGUGAGCCCAAGGCUAAACGGCUUGCCACAAAAUCGUAUGUAGAGUACAAAAUCUGGGACUGUAUUGACAGUGAAACAUCUAGUCCAUUUUCCAGUAUCUACAAUACCACUUCUGAGAGUCUAUGCCAGGCAGAUGAUUACAGCAUAAAAACUGUUGGUCUGCCUCAAGACCAAAACAUGUUGGUGUGUGGUUCCCAGUCACAUAUGUCUAUCCGGAAAAGCCCCAGAAAACCUGUAAACACAACACUGAACAACUGUGCCUCAGUCAGUCAGUGUCUUCAAAAGCAGACAGAUGAGUGUGAAGGGAAGCAAGGCUAUAUGGCAGGCUCAGCAAAGGAAGCUAAGAGGAGAUGCAGAGCAACUCCUUUUAUAGCGAUCAAGAGAGAUGCAGAGAAAAAGAAAAGCGUGAAACUGAUGAAAAGAGAGCGAUGUGAAGAGGUCACAGAAGAAGACAAGGUAGAUGUUGCGUUAGAAAGUUACACAUUAACAUCGGUAGAGCACGCAAGUGAUGUAGAACUUGUCCAGCCGGGGGUUGGAUCAAAACCGUGUGCAACUUCUAAAUCUCAGUCUCUUAAAAGUAGGGUGCUGCUUCGGGUUAGCCAGAGUUCUACCGUAUACAUUGAAACCACUCAAAAACCCUCUGAAACACAUGUACCUCUGAUGGAGGUGACUAAGGACAAAGGUAGAGGUCGAAGUGGGCGUAUUAAGAAAAAUACGUCUCUCACAGUAAUGGCCACUUCAAGUAAUGGGAGUGUACUAGAGCACAGUAAUGACAGUUUGUGUGACAACAGCAUAGCAGCCAGCAAUAGUAGGGGUAUGACCAGUGCCUUGAGUUAUGGUGACACUGACUCUAGUUCAGCAUGUAAUAUGGAAAUGGUAACUACCAUGACAACCGCAUUGAUGAAAGAAAAUCAUGAACUGCCUGUCUCUGAUCAGUACUUGGAUAUCAACGGGAAGUGGCCUCAAACGGCAUCCAAAAAUCAGCAAAAAUAUAUCUGUAAGAAGAGGAAGAUUUCCACAGUGGUUGAAGUGGCGUCAUGUCAAAAUCAACAAAAGUGUCUGAAGUUGAAUGAGAUCACAUCAGAAGAGAGUUGUCCACUAAAACCACCGAAACAAAAUAAAUCCAGGAGGUCUCAUAACUCACGCUCAACCCAACAGCUUGGCACGUCUUCAGGGCUGACUGGUGUUGGGGCCGAUCACUUGCACUCUUUGAAGCCCAGCAAAGAUGACAAUGUCCAUGUAGCUUCUAGAUCUUCAGAUGUUACACAACAGACAUUACAGACUACCGCAGUGGUGGCUGUCCACAAAGACACAGGUUGGGGAGCAGAAAUGAGUGGGUCUGACUCUAGCAAGAGCCCAAAGAAGAGUCGGAAUGGAUCUAAUAAAAUGUCUGUCAGUGACGCGUUACUGGUGGAUAAGAGGUUUGUGGAACCCCUUGGUGGACGUAAGAGAGUCAGGGGAGGUCCGUCCACAGAGGACAAUGCCGAGACAACUCAGUCCCUGCAACUUACUCAAAUAACAGUUGAAGAAAAAAAGGGAACUGUGCCUUGGCCUGUGCGAACUUAUCCCAAAUGUUCAAUCAAGCUGAACAAAAAUAUAGUGAAACAUUCUAUGGCUUUGCAAGGAAAUUAUGUGGCAAUGGACUCUGAUGUAGAAGUGUUUUCCACUGUCUGUGAACCAACUAACCUUGGCCAGAACAAGACUAUUGACCAGGUGAUUGAGGAGGAGCAGGGGAAGGAGGAUGAGUGUUCUGAACUGCCUGUACCCUCUGAGACGAGGCUCAGGGGGAGGGGGGGGAAAAAGAAGCCAAAGAAAGCAGCGACUCAAUGUAAGAAGCACAGGCCUGUGACUAGGAAGAGGGGGCAGGAAGAAGAGGAGGAGAGAAAUACCGCGAUUGGUGAGCAGAUGGACUUUUCAUCAGAUAACAACACCACCCUUAAGAAGCGUCUGUUGCGCAGCUACUCCUGCCCAGAGAUCCCUGCUCUCCUCCACCAUGACAGCCACUGGACCACCUCUCUGCAUGGCAGGAUCCUCUCCGUACCCCGGCUCCACCCCGCCCUCUUUCCUCCUGUCCCCACUCCUCCCGCACCGUCCAGGCGUCCACGCCGUCAUACUGUCUCUAGUGUGGAAAUUGAGCGGGAGAUGGCUCCGUUAUGCCUGCGUAAGGAGGUGUUUCCCUCAAGAAGGACCUAUUCAUUGGGCAACCCGUCCUACCACCUGUUACCCAGUGUGCCACCCUCCACUUCCAUCUCUGUCUGGGCCUCCUGCUUCCUGUCAAGCCCCCUGGCCUUCCUCUCCAGGAAAUUGCGAAAAGGAAGUCUAGCUGCCACUAGUAGUGCUUGCAGUCAUGAUACCUCCCCUUCCUCCUCUUCCAUUUCACCAACCUGCUCUUCUGUACGUCACCUGUUCUCCAGUUCUGACCCCUGUGACCUGACAUCAGACAUAUCCUCUGCUUCAGUCUCCUCCUUUUGCAGUGCAUUGUCAAAGAUUCCCUUGGAGAAUGAGACAAGCCAGCAGCAUGAGGAGGAUGGGGAGAAUGUGGAGGACAAAAACCAUUUCAGGAAUGAGUUCGAAGCCAUAGGGAUGAGAGAGGAAAAAGCAUUGUCAGAUUCUGAAAUUAAGUUGGAAUCCGGCAAACAUGAGGAACGAAGGAAAGUGUCAUCCAUUCGAAUUCGCAAAGCCUUACCCAAACCCCUCCACAACCUCACACCCAUGGGCCUGCCCAAGCCUAUCAGGGUGAAGAAGAAGGAGUUCAGUUUGGAGGAAAUCUACACUAAUAAAAACUUCACCAAGCCCCCUGAAAGACGGCUGGAGACCAUAUUUGAGGUGCCACUCAGUCGACGCGAUGGGUCUCAUUCCCUCCUUGGUCAGAAGCGCAUGAAGCGUUUUGUGGAGUUCCCAGAGGUUGGUGUGGCCAGAAAGCCAAGGAAGCCACUUGUUGGUGCUGGGGCAGGGGGUGUUUUACCCAGGAAAGCUGGGGUUGGCUCUCCUUUUGGAAGGCCCAAGCGCGGGGGUUGCCUCUCUUCUAAAGAUCACCCCACCCUCAAUCUGCAGGAGCUUGAUUCACUUCUUUGCUCCAAGCUUGACCAGCUGGAUUCCUGGUUAGCUUUUGACCAGAAUAUCUGUUGACAAAUGCCAAUCAAAGGGGUAGACAAUAGCACAUUUACAUUUUCAAAAUAUUGUUAUUACAAAUUGCCCAGUCCCGUUGCCUCCCAUCCAACAUCAAGCUCGUCCUCAUCUUCUGUAAUUGUUUACAAUGUUUUUCUUUUGUGGGGGUGUAUUAUUUACCUUCCAUUGAGUCGUUUAAAAUGAUCAUUGAAGAAUUUUUGUAUUUUCAUUGUGUACUAUUUGUAGAUAACGAUAUGGAAUAUACUGUUAUUGUAAUAUUUGAUUAUCUAUGGAUGUAAUGCAUUUUAUAUCAUUGGUUUAGGUCAGUGAGUGCAUAAGUGUUUGUAUUUAAAACUGCUACUAUUUCUACCACCAGUUUUGUUGAUAAUCUGCAUUCUUAAUAUGCCAAUGCCUCAGCCUUUUAAUCAUUAUUAAACACGUCCUGCUUUAUUUGCUACUGAAUCCUACAUUUGGAAGUUCACAUGCAACUCAAAUCUUUGUGGAUAUUAUCCAUUGACAUCAAUGUGUAUUUACACAGCAGUUAUUGAAUGCACAUACUUCUCAAGUAAGGAUUCUUACUAGCCAAACAAUUUCCAGAUGAUAAUUCCCAAUUGAGCUGUAGGUGCAAACCUGUUAUUGGCAACUAGCAUCAAAUGGCAGCUACUUUCAAGAUAUAUUGAAUGUUGAGAAUUCUGUUUUUGGCCAAAUUACAGCUGUAAUGUUUCUGGUUCUGACAAUCACAGAUUUCAUAUUUUCAUUUAGAACCGUCCUUUAAUUGUUGCCUGACUGUUCCUGCCAAUUCUCGCCUUGUAUACACAUUACAUUGUAUUGUUUUCUUCACCUCCGGAUUAUAACUAUAGCAAAUAAAAUGUAUAUUGUCCAUUUUAUACAUUUUUGUAAAAAAUAAUCUAUGUUGAAUUGUUACUUGUAAAAUUGAACGUAAACGUCAUGACACUCUGAGUAUUUCUAUGGAAACAUUAGCAUGAAUAUUUUCAUCAAUGCAGUUAGUUUGUUUUGUAUCAUUGUGGAUUGUAAUAUUUGUUUUUGAAUAGCAAUAUUUAAUUGAAAAUUGCUUGUCUAUACACAUUACUUUUCUAUUACAUCACAUUUUUUGUAAUUAUAUUUCUGAAAAUA